GCAAUUUAUUUUGAAGCCCAUAAAUACCAAAGCCUACCUUUCAUUGUCUUCUUCUUAUAAAUUCAUCAUAAAGUCAACCAAGUGGAUUUGCGGUCUAUAGAACCCAUUCAUCGCCGUGUAACAGAAGAAACCAACAGCCAGAAACCUUGGAGCUUUCAUGGUGGCGAUGCAGGACGAGAACUCAGAACCGAGCGGCGGAAUUCCGGCGUUCUCUACGGUGGCCGUCGCCGUCAACGGAUGCAGCCGCCGCGCCGUCCGUUGGGCCGCCGACAAACUCCUUCCCACGGCCAGUCGGUUCGUACUCGUUCACGUUAUGCCUACAGUCACCAGCAUCCCCUCUCCGACUGGAUCGAGGAUUCCAGUCGAUGGCUUGGACGAGAGCGUGGUGACGAUGUACAAACGAGACUUGAGGAAGGAAUUCGAACAGGUUUUUGUGCCGUUCAAGAGGAUUUGCAAGUCCACCAAGGUGGAGAUUUUGUUGCUGGAACACUAUGAUCCUGCCAAGGCACUUCUGCAGUACAUAUCAGAUUCUGGGGUUCAGUGUUUAGUGAUGGGCUCUUGCUCUUCGAAUUUCCUUGCAAGGAAGAAGGGACAAGGGAUACCAUUAACUGUUCUUGGAGAAGAUCCAGAUGCAUGCGAGAUAUAUGUUGUUUCCAAAGAUAGAAUCUUAACCAAAUCAUCUAUUCACUUUUCCUCCUCUGAUGCAACCUCUAGUUCUCGUACAUCUGAAGCCCAAGAAGCCUUCAGUGGCACACAUACGGAGAAGAGCAGCUUUUCUACUUCAUCCAGAGCAUCCUCAGGGAGGAAGCUCUUUGGGAAGUUGGCCUUGUCUCAGCACAGUUACUUAACUUCUCGAGUGUUUUCCGACACACAUCAAUCAACCACCGUCAGUACGGUUGAUGAACACAGCCAUCCUAUCCUUAGACAUGGUACUACUGAUGCUGGCAGUAACAAGCAGUUGAAGCCUGAAAGUUUCAGGAAAGCUCCUAAGUCAGAUGUGAAGGCUGAAGUAGAACGUCUGAGAAAGGAAGUACAAACCACUCUUUCGUCGACACUGGUCCAUAAGCAAACCCAGGUUCAAUCGCUUUCCUCUGAAUGCAUAGAAGAAGCGAAAAGAGUAAUUACUGCUCUGGAAAAAGAAGAAAUGUUGAGGAAAGCCACGGCUGAGGAGAAAGAAAAACAUCUAAAAGCCGCAAAGGAAGUAGAGGAGGCGAAGGCCUUGCUGGCCAAAGAGUUCUGCGAGAGACAGCUAGCUGAGCUCAAUGCCCUCAGACAGUGCAUAGAGAAACAGAAAGUCAUCGAUCAGCUCUUCCUGAGCGACAAGAGGUACAGAAAGUACACCAAGGAUGAAAUAUCAGCAGCAACUGAUAAUUUCUCGCCACGUAAAGUAAUUGGUGAAGGAGGAUAUGGGAAGGUCUACAAAUGCAGCCUCGAUCGCACCCCAGUAGCUGUUAAAGUUCUCAAACCCGAUUCCGUUGAGAAGAAAGAGGAAUUUUUGAGAGAGGUUGCUGUCCUAAGCCAGCUGCGACAUCCCCACGUGGUUCUUCUCCUCGGUGCUUGUCCAGACAAUGGCUGCCUCGUCUACGAGUAUCUGGAUAACGGGAGUCUGGAAGAUUACAUCUCCCACAAGAAAGGCAAACCACCACUCCCUUGGUUCAUCAGAUUCCGGAUAAUCUACGAGGUGGCCUGUGGCAUGGCUUUCCUCCACAACUCCAAACCCGAGCCCAUAGUCCACCGUGACCUCAAGCCCGGUAACAUUCUCCUGGACAGAAACUACGUCAGCAAAAUUGGGGACGUUGGGCUAGCUAAGCUCAUAUCAGACAAUGCACCAGACAGUGUCACUGUGUACAGAAACUCCGUUCUUGCCGGUACGCUCUACUACAUGGACCCCGAGUACCAGAGAACGGGCACGAUCAGACCAAAAUCGGAUCUUUACGCGUUCGGGAUCAUAAUUCUCCAGCUACUGACGGCCCGCCAUCCCAACGGGUUGCUUUUCUGCGUGGAGGAUGCUGUGAAGAGAGGGUGCUUCCCUGACAUGUUGGAUGAAUCAGUCAAAGGUUGGCCAAUGGACGAAGUGGAAGAACUAGCGAGCAUUGCUCUCAAAUGUUCGCAGCUCAAAUGCAGGGACAGACCAGAUCUCGAAACCCAAGUCUUGCCAGCUCUCAAACGGAUUCUUGAAUCUGCAAACAACAGAAACAAGAACAAGCAGGACAACGUCCGGCCACCAAGCCAUUAUUACUGUCCGAUCCUCAAGGAAAUAAUGGAGGAUCCGCACAUAGCAGCGGAUGGAUUUACGUACGAGCAGAAGGCGAUCAAGGCGUGGAUUGAGAAACACCAAGUGUCGCCGGUCACGAAGCAACGGCUCAAGCAUUUGGAUCUGACUCCGAACCACACUCUCAGAUCAGCCAUUCAGGAGUGGCUUUCUCGCUUGGAGAGAACCAAGUCCACUUGAUCACAGGUAGAAUAUGUAUAUGUAUAUAUAUAUAUAUAUAUGCUCAGCCAAGACACGGCGAUAUAUUUUGUUGUAUAUCCACACCAAAAAAAAAAAAAGGUCAAAUUUGUAUCCGGAAAGAGGAGGGAGAAAGAGAAUCUGCUUUGUUGUAGUAAACUGAUAAACCUUGUCCACAUAAAAUUAAUGGGCCAGGCCCAUUUUGUAAAA